GUGAUCGAUCACUUAUCAUGAGUGAAUUAAUAUCGUGUGUUUAAUCAUUUAAUAACUGUACACGUACUGCGCCUCUUUACGCAUCCGGGCGGUUUGAGUUUAUUUUUAAUCGAUCGAUCGUGAAGCUCAUUCACACAUAAAUAAACACUCAAAAUGGUGGAUUAGAAUAUAAAGACCUGCUGAUUAUAAAAGCAGUGUGUAUUUUUGAUGUCGCGCAGUGAAUGUGAAAGAAGUUUGUAGUUCCUGUUAGAGAUUUAAAUGCUGUAGUUCCUAAACCCGCCUCAGGGGGGCGUUUUCACAUCUCGCUUUGUAUUUAAAACAUAUUAAAAAUACAAUUUAAACUAUUAAAUAGAAUAAUUAACACCUUGUAUAUUAAAUAUAUAAACCUAUUAAGUAGGCCCUCAGUAAUAAUCAACGUCUGACUGGAUUUCUGCUGAUGACGUGUGUGUUGAUGGGCUGUUGUCAUGGUGAUGGGGUAGUUAGUGCAUACUAAGCAUGUUAAAUUGCAGUACAUUAUUAAACGUCACAAAUUAUAAUAACAAUAAAGUCAUAAUAAAGUAGGUCUACUCAAUAGUGAUGUUUUUUAAUAUUGUUGGAGUGGAAUGAUAAAUGUUAUUGGUAUUUCUGCAGCGUUUAUUCUCUUUGUUUUAUUAGUUAGUUGUUUAUUGUGUGUAUUUUAUUAGUUUAUUGUCGCUGUUUCAGUUUCUCUUUUGAAUCCGCUCGAGCACCUGCAUGUAUAAUCUCCUCAAUCCCAUUAAAGCCUCCUGCUGUCUCUCUCUCUCCUCCUCCUCCUCCUCCUCCUCCUCCUCUCUCAUGUCUUUCAUUCUGUCUCUCUUUCCUCAGUGUGUUCGCGGGUCUGUUCGGGAAGGGUCGGAAUAACUGGAUUAUCAUCCGGAUUCGUUUAUGAAGUGGAUUUCUGCGCGUAAACGCAUCGCUGACUGAGAGUUCACGUGAUUCUUUUUUCCCGCUCUAACGGCGCGAUUCUCUGAUUUUAAACGGUUUAUUCUAUUCGAAUAUUGAUUUGUGUCCGAUAAUGAAUCUGAUCACUUCAUCAUGAGCGGUUCUGAAAACCCGAACGAGUCCAAACUUGAGGCGGUGAUUCAGAGGUUGGAGGAGAGCGUUCUGUCUGAAGAAAAGCGGCUGACGGUUCGAGGAUCUUCUCCAGAUGAACCCGCGUCCAGUUUACCGGCCCGCGUGCGCGAGAUCGUCUCCAGAAACCUGAGCGACAGCGCAGGAGGCAUGUCGUCGGGUCUGUCGGUCCAGGAGGAGAACCGGGUUCUGCAGGCAGAACUGAGUCGUGUGGAGGAUCUUCUGGCUCACAGUCGAGCAGAACGAGAUGAACUGGCCAUCAAAUACAGCGCCAUCAGCGAGAGACUGGAGCAGGCGCUGCGGCUGGAGACGGCCGAGGACGGGCGGGACUCUCCUGACUCUCGCAGUCUGGCGCAGCAGAACGUGGAUCUGCGCAGACGGCUGGACGAGGAGCAGGCGGCGUAUAAGCGCAAGCUCACGGCGUAUCAGGAGGGGCAGCAGAGACAAGCGCAGCUCGUACAGAAACUACAGGCCAAGGUCCUGCAGUAUAAGAAGAAGUGUGGAGAUCUGGAGCAGAUGCUGCUGGAGAAAUCUAACGGCGGCAGUAACGGCCACCGGCGCGACGACGACGAGCCCAGCAGCGAGCUGGAGAGCGCCCUCAUCCGCCUGGAGGAGGAACAGCAGAGGAGCAGCGGUCUGUCGGCGGUCAACGCUAUGCUGCGAGAGCAGCUGGAACAGGCCGGACUGGCCAAUGAAGCGCUCAGCCAGGACAUCCGCAGACUCACUGCUGAUUGGACCAAAGCGAGGGAGGAGCUGGAGCAGAGGGAGUCUGAUUGGAGGAGAGAGGAGGAGUCUUUCCACAGCUACUUCAGCAGCGAGCACAGCCGUCUGCUGGCGCUCUGGAGGCAGGUGGUGGGCUUCCGCAGGCACGUCUGCGAGCUGAAGAGCGCCACCGAGAGGGAUCUGUCCGAGGCGCGUAACGAGCUGGCGUGUGCGGCGCAGAGCGUGCAGCUGCAGUGUGUGAGCGCCUGCGCGACUCUGCGCAGCCGUGAGGAUGGGUCUGCGCAGCUGCUGGAGAGAGAGACGGGCCAGCGGCUGCAGCUGGAGCAGCAGUUGAGAGAUACGGUGACGGAGAUGAUGACGCUACAGGCCAAGAGUGACUCGGAGAGGGCCGAGCUCAACACACGGCUGGUGGAUGCAGUGAGAGAGCUGGAGCGUCUCAAAGCGCGUGUGGAGGACAGAGAACAGGAAGUCACAGCACUCAACAGGAAACUGCAGGAUCAGAGGAGCCUUGAGGAAACUGAAGUUCAUUCACUCAGGACACACACCGCAGCGCUGCAGAACACACUCAGAGACAUCACACAGCUGGUGUUCUCUGACAGUGACGGUGUGGACGGAAACACUGAAGAGUCUCUGCUGCCACUGCUGCGCUCUUCAUCAUCAUCCUCAUCAUCACUACCCAUCAUCCCUGACAGCUGUCUGUCUGCACUGCGCUCCACUCUGAACAACAGACAGAUCCAGCUGCAGGAGCUGCGUGAGCGUCUGCAGUCCGCGCAGGCGUCGGUCCAGCAGCUGCGCAGGCAGCAGACGGAGGCGGAGUCGAGCCGGCGGGAGGCGGAGCUCCGUGCGCAGACGCUGCAGGGAGAGAGAGACGAGGCUCAGAGAGAGAGAGAGACCGCUGUGAGAGAGAGAGACCGACUGCGACAGGAGAGAGACGCGCUGAGCAGUGAGAAGGACGGCGCGGGUAAAGCGGCGCAGGCGGCGCAGACGCAGGCGCAGCUGCUGCAGCUGGAGUGCGAGAGGCUGCAGCUGUCUGCGUCGUCUGCGCAGAGAGAGCGAGAGCACGAGCGAGAGGAGAGAGACGCCGCCGCGCUGGAGAGAGAACGAGCACGAGCAGAGACGGACAGAAUUCAGCAGCUGUGGGACGAGUCCGAGUGUCGUGCCUCUGCGCUGCGAGCCGAACUGGCGGCGCUGAGAGAGUCUCUCCAGCAGGGGGCGACAGACCGACAGCUGAUGGAGGCCGAGAACCGACAGCUGAGCGACGCACUCGGCCGGAGCGAGAGCAGUCGCGCCGAACUCUCGCUAACGGUCACGAAGCUUCACUCGGAGGAGUCGUCACUCCGAGAUUCUCUCGCUAAGAUGAGCGCCAUCAACGAGAGUCUCGCGCAGGACAAAUCUGACCUCAACAGCCUCAUCGUUCAGCUGGAGGAGGAAAAGAAUGCGCUGCUGUCUCAGCGAAGAGAAGCGCAACAAGAGAAGCUGACCAUCAGAGACGAGCUCGUCCGCUCUGAGCAGGACCGGCUGGAGCUGGACUCUGUCCGUCUCGCUCUCCACCAAUCACUGCAGGAGUCUGAGCUGGCCAGGGCGGGGCUGGAGGCGGAGCUUCAGUCACUGCAGGCAGACAGAGUCAAACUGCAAGACAGAAUUACACAGCUGAUUGGUGAGAUGGGCGUUCUGGAGGCGGAGCUUGGUUCUAUCCGCGGUGAAGGCGACAGGCAGAGCGCCGCUCUGGAGGAGGUGGGGCGUGGGAGGGCGGAGCUAGUGCGAGAGAGGGCGGGGCUUCUGGUUCAGCUGACGGCGUCAGAGAGAGAGAACGCCGCCCUGACUGAGGAGAUCGCCACCUUCAGGUCGGAGAGGGAGGCUCUGGAGACGAGUCUUUACGAGCUGCAGCAGCAGAUAAAUCAAAUCGAGUCUCGCCGUGAACAGCUGGACUCGGAGAACCAGAACCUGAGAUUACGUACCGACAGCACAACAGCGGAGCUGAAGCGUUUGCGCGCGGAGAGAGAGACAGUUCUGUCUCAGAGUGAGAAAGAGAAAGAUGCGCUGAGAGACGCGCUCGCGGCCGCUCAACAUGAAGCACAGCGAGCUCUGCGCACGGCCCUGUCCGACCACCAGGAGGAGCUGGAGAGACUGACCAAUCAGAAGGAGGCGCUGCGCUGCAGUCUGGAGGCCGAACAGGAGGGGGCGCUGCGGCGGGUCCGCGGACACCUGGAGGAGCAGAUGACCCGGCUUGAGAAAGAGCGAGAUGAACUUCAGGAAGAGCUUCGUUCCCUGCAGCGCGACAGAGACCAGAGUCUGUUACAGGCGGAGACGGACAAACAGCAGGCGCUGUCCAUGAAGGAGGCCGAGAAGGCGCUUCUGUCGGAGAAGGUGAGCGCCCUACAGGCGGAGCUGAGCACUGCAGCACUGGAGCUGGAGAGACUGAGCCGAGAGACGGCGCUCCUCAGAGACCAGGAGCGGGCUGCAGUCGCAUCUCUAAACGCUGAACUGCAGGAACUGCGCAGUCAACUGCAGGACGCAGCCAGUGCACACGGCCGUGAGCUGCGCAGACUGCAGGAGAACUGCGCUGACCAGCAGACGCGAGCAGACACAGCGCUCAGAGAGUUGGAGGAGUGUCGCGCGCUGCUGUCGUCCAGCGAGGAGAGCCGGGACAGCGCCAGGAGAGAUCUUCUGGAGAUGGACAAGCGUUUGUGUCAGAUACGGGAGGCAGGGGAGGGGCAUAGGCGAGAUGGGGCGGAGCUACGGCGCUCUCUCAGUGAUGUCAUCAAGGAGAGGGACGCUCUCAGCCAAUCCAACGCGCAGCUGAGGGAAGCCCUGAAAGCGGCAGAGAGUGAGAGAAUCAGCGUGAAGCGCGCGUGUGAGGAGGAGCAGCAGAAAGCGUCUCUGCUGGAGGAGAGUCUGGCGUCUGCUCAGAAGGAGGUGUCAGAUCUGCGCAGCUGUCUGCGCGAGGUGGAGAGAUCCAGACUGGAUGCGCGUAGGGAGCUGCAGGAGCUGCGCAGACAGGUGAAAGUUCUAGACGCCGAGUGUGAGCAGAAGGCCAAGCAGACGGCUGAACUGCAGACGCGUCUGUCUGCGGAGGACCAGAAGGAUGAGGAGCGAGCGAGAGAACUGAUCUCGCUCAAACAGAGACUCGCCGACACGGAAACUAGCAGAACCUCUCUUCAGAAAGAGCUGGCUUCUCUACAGAGGCGUCUGAGCGAGAGCGAGUUGUGUUGGCGCAGUCGUGAGCGAGAGUUGACGUCUCAGCUACAGGAAGCUCGAGGCUGUGAGAAGAAGCUUCAAGACGAGGCGCGUAACCUCUCCGUUCGUGCUCAGUCGACCUCUGAUGCGUCUGCGCAGUUGCAGCUGGAGCUGAGUGAGGCACAGGGCCGUCUGGCUGCGACGGAGGCAGAGUUAUCACGUGCGGAGGCGGGGCGCAGGGAUCUGGAGUUCAGGCUGUGCAGCCUGCAGUCGGCGCUCACACGUACACUGGGCAUUGGGGCCAGUGGGCGGAGCAGCAGCAGGGGGCGGAGCCCAGUAGGCUCCUCCCCUUCCUCUCUGACCUCUGGGAUGAUGUCUCGCCAUAGGAGCGUGUCUCCGCUGCACUGCUCGCUAUCGCCACCCAAAGAUGUGGCAGGUAACGUCACGCCAGAUAACACCAUCGUGCUGCGGCCGCUGUCUCCAGAGAGGACAGACGCCCCGCUGCCCGUCGCCCUGCCUGAGCUGGACCCGGAAACCCUGCGCAGCGGCCUCAGAGACUUCCUGCAGGAACUGCGAGAGGCUCAGAGAGGCCGAGACGAGGCUCGGGGUCAACUGGGGUCAAUGCAGAGAGAAUUAGAGGAAAUGACCACAGAGAGAGACUCCGCCCACCAGCGCCUCAUUCAGCUACACACCACACUACAGGAGUGCCAGGAGGAUAAGCGUGCUGUGGAUGGAAAACUGUUGUCGGCUCAAGCUCUGCUGCAUCAGCAGGAUGAGUCCCUGCGGAGAGGAGAGAGAGAGCGACGAGCGUUAAACGAGCGAAUCAAAGAGCUGGAGAGACUUUCACUGAACGCCGAGGCUGAGCGCAAGCGCGUGGAGGAGCAGUGCAGUAAGCUGCGCGCUGGCGAGGCGCGUUUGGAGGCGGAGCGUCGGCGGCUGCGUGAGGCUCUGGAGGCGGCCGAGGGGCGGGGCACACGGGUGGAGCUGGGGAGGCGGAGUCUCGAGGGAGAGCUGCAGAGACUGAGACUGAGUCUGGCCGAGAGAGAGAUGGAGAUCCAGACGGCUCACGACCGUCACGAGAGCGCCGUCAAACAGGUGGCAGAGGGCGAAUCUCGCAUCUCGUCUCUUCAGCGGGAGGUGGACAGACUGACGGCAUUGCUGUCUAAAGCUCAGGACGGAGAGAGCGUUCAGAAAGAGCGAGCGCUCGCUCUCUCCCAGAGCCUGCAGGAAGUCACCGCCGCCCACAGCGCCACCCAAGGGCGUCUCGCUGCGCUGCAGAAGACGCUGGGACAGGCUGAGAGCGAGCGCAGACAGCUGCAGGAGCGCGUGGACGGACUCAGAGCGUCCUCGUCGGACGGGAAGCGAAACAUCGCCACCCUCACGGAGCGCGUGCAGACGCUGCAGUCGGAAUUGAGCCAGAGUCAGCUGCGCAGAUCUGAGAUGGAGACAGAGCUGCACAACACACAGGAGGCUCUGCGACAGAGGGCCGACAGUCUGACCGAGGCCCAGCGCAGUUUGCAGUCUGCGCAGACAGAGCGAGCGUCUGCAGAGGAGCGUCUGCGCAGCCUGCAGCGAGCCGUGGCCCUAUUGGAGACCGAGAAGAGAGAUGCAGAGAGACAGGCCGUCCGGCUGGAGAAAGACAAGGCCGCGCUGAGAAACACGCUGGAUAAGGUGGAGCGUCAGAAGCUGAAGACGGAGGAGAGCAGCAUGCGUCUGUGUGCGGAAAAAGGCCGCCUGGAUCGUUCGCUCAACACCGUCGAACAGGAGCUGCAGGACGCGCAGAGACAGAUCGUGCUGCUGCAGGAAGAGUUGUGCGGCGUGAAACCGAAGAUUGCGCUGUGUCUGGUGAGUAAGAACCGGUCAUGUUUGUGUGUUUUGCGCUUUGUAGAAACACAGUUGACAUGGUGUUGGGGGUUGCUAUGGUUUCUGCUGUUGCUAUGGUUACAGUGGGUGUUCAUUGGUAGUAGUUUUGGACUGUGUGAAGUGUGUGUUGUGUUUCAUGCGUGUUGCAUGUUUCAGGCUCAGCUGGCCGAGCUGGAGCAGAGUCACAGCGCCAGUGAGCAGUCGGCCCGUCUGCGUGAGGACGCCCAGCGGGAGGCCGAGAGACUGCGCGUCAGUCAGAGAGAGGCCGAGCGAACGUUGGCCGCGCGCGAGAGAGCUCACCGGCAGCGCGUCAAGGGUCUGGAGGAGCAGGUGUCCACGCUGAAGGAGCAGCUGCAGCACGAGAUACGCCGCAGAACGCCGUCGCUGCCGAGCUGAUCCAACACUAUGAUUGACUGUGACUCAUUAACAGUGUUUUCUGUGGUUUAAUGGCUGUUCCUUAAAGGAUUAGUUCACUUCACAAUUAAAAUUUCCUGAUAAUUUACUCUCCUCCAUGUCAUCCAAGAUGUUCAUGUCUUUCUUUCUUCAGUGGAAAUGAAAUGAAGGAAAACAUUCCAGGAUU